UCCGAUAGCACUCAAAGGUAGCGUGACUGUAACCAUUCAAUUCACGACGACGGAGGAAGUGAAUGCAUCAGCUAGCACUUUGCUCUGAAUAACAGCUAAGUUACAUACCUUUACACGCAGUGAAUAAGAGAUCGUUUCUGUAAGGAUUGCCAUAUGGAUUCUCCUCGGCAAUCGAAGAACCGGAAUCGAGAGCCAAAGCGCAGCCAGAAUCAGUCGAGCACUCCUCCUCAGAAAGACGCAUAUGCCAGACUUCUCAGCCAGCACUGCAGCAGCAAGUUCAGUCUGUAUCUAGAUCAAUAUGCAAAGGACACGGCAUUUCAAAGGGAAGGAAAUGGGCCAAGCACACUGCUCAAAGCCCAGAGUGACAGGCAGAACAUACCACAGCGAAAAAGGGACCAAGUGCCGAAUGAUUUCUCUGAUUCAAGUGACUUCUCACCCUCUUCCAUGAAAAGUAAAGGAGAGGAGAGUUCCCUGUCUUUAUACAUGGAGAAACUAAGCACCCGCAGUGCUCAGCAGGACUGUGAAAGGAAGCAGGGUGUGUCUGACAGACAGCGAUGGGGACAGAGAAGGGACACUGCCACCAGCCACGAUGGAGACGUUGAGUCUGGUGAGGAACUCAGCACUUUAAAACCCAAUGACUCGAAGAAACACCAGAAGCAGCAGAAGAAAAGCAAGGACUCUAACAGAGAGGUCGCCUCAAAAGAGAUUGACAAAUUUGUUGGACAGCCCCAGUCCCCAAAGAAAGCCAGUACAAGUGGACAGGAGCAGGAGAAGAUGAAAAAGUCAAAGAAAAAAAACCUGCCAAAGCACCCGGAAGAGGAGAAAAGCAGAGAAGGGACAUCAAAGUCUGGGUUUGACACUCCAAUGUCCCCUUAUGGUAAAGACAAAACACUGCAGCAAUCCAGAGCUUCAAGUGCCAAUUCUCCUGCUGACAAGAGUAAGAACAAAGGAGGCAGAGGAUCAAAGAAACAAGUGUUUGAAUCCUACAUGGCAUUUGAGGAGGUUUCCCAUGGUCUUAAAAGAGGAGAACUCAUUCAGGGACAGAUAAGAAUCAACCCAAAGAAAUACCACGAAGCUUUCGUCCCAUCUCCUGAUGACACACGGGAUAUAUUUCUGGAUGGGAUUGUGGCUCGUAACAGAGCAUUGAAUGGAGACAUAGUGGUGGUGCAAAUUCUCCCUCGGGAGCAAUGGAAGGUUGUGAGGUCAGAUACUGACUGUGAUGGCACCAGUGAGUCAGAGAGCCUGAAAGAAAACAUUGUGCAGAAAAAGACAGCACGCACCCCCAGGCCUGAUGUUACUGUGGAAGACCAGUGCAGCGACCAGGAUGAACUCAUCCGCAAAGUGCAGAAUACCACCCUCACUGACACAGUGGAACCUCUGGAAGACCCCUCAACACCACGGCCCAAUGGGGAAAUACUCCAAAAGACUGCUAAAGUGGUGUACAUUGUUGAAAAGAAACACUCGAGAGCUGUGACGGGCUUCCUAAAAUUCCUACCAGAUAAGCCUUUUGCCAUGUUCUCCCCCGUGGACCACCGGGUGCCACGAAUUAACGUGUUCCUUGCUGACUGUCCCGAAGACUUUAGUUCCCGCCCGGGGGACUACAGCAACACCUUGUUCAUAUGUCGGAUCACCAGCUGGGCAGCCGACAGCAACUUUGCAGAAGGUCAACUUGCUAAGACACUUGGUCAGGCUGGAGAAAUUGAGCCAGAGACGGAGGGCAUCCUGGUAGAGUACGAUGUUGAUUUUUCUGAGUUCUCCGAUGAGGUGUUAGACUGCCUUCCCAAGAACUUGCCCUGGACCAUCCCACCUGAGGAGAUGAGAAAAAGGAGAGACCUGAGGAAGGAGUGUAUCUUCACCAUUGACCCCUCUACCGCCAGAGACCUGGACGACGCUCUGUCCUGUAAACAACUCCCUGAUGGUAACUUUGAGGUGGGAGUCCACAUUGCUGAUGUGAGUUAUUUUGUGGGGGAGGACAACGCUCUGGAUGCCAUUGCCAGCCAGAGAGCAACUAGUGUGUAUAUGGUUCAAAAGGUGAUCCCCAUGUUGCCCAGGCUGCUGUGUGAGGAGCUGUGCAGUCUGAAUCCUCUCACCGACAGACUCACAUUCUCUGUCAUUUGGAAAAUCACACCGGAGGGGAAGAUCCUGAGUGAGUGGUUUGGCCGCUCAGUCAUCCGCUCCUGCGUGAAGCUGAGUUACGACCAUGCUCAGAGCAUGAUCGAGGCCCCUGAAAAGAUGUUCUCUGCUGAGGAGCUGCCACCUGCGGACCCUGAGCACCCCAUCGAUGAGAUCCAUCAGGCUGUGCUCAACCUGCACUCCAUUGCCAAGAACCUCCGGGCUCAGCGCUUCUCCGGCGGAGCCCUCCGACUCGACCAGUUAAAACUGUCUUUUACCCUGGACAAAGAGACCAUGAUGCCUCAAGGCUGCUAUGUUUACCAGUACAGAGACAGUAAUAAGUUGGUGGAGGAGUUCAUGUUGCUGGCUAACAUUGCCACAGCCCACCACAUCCACUCCAGAUUCCCUGAGCUGGCCCUGCUCAGACGCCACCCUCCACCGAAGGCCAAAAUGGUGGAUGAGCUGCAGGAGCUCUGUGACCAGUUGGGAAUCGACAUAGAUCUCUCCUCUGCAGGAGCGUUGCAUAAGAGUCUCAACACUACUCUUGGUGAUGAUGAGUAUACCACUGCCAGAAAAGAAGUCCUCACCCACAUGUGCUCCAGACCCAUGCAGAUGGCGUUGUACUUCUGUACAGGUGUACUCAAGGAGGAGCAGUUAUUUAAGCACUACGCCCUCAACGUUCCUCUCUACACUCACUUCACAUCUCCCAUCCGCCGCUACGCUGACAUCAUUGUCCACAGGCUGCUGGCUUCCUCACUGAAUUGUGGGCCUAAUUUGGGGCUGUCAACAGAAGAAGUCCAAAAACAGGCAUCACACUGUAAUGACAAGAAGACUCUAUCCAAGAGAGUCCAGGAGCUCAGCUCUGAGCUCUUCUUUGGAGUGUUUGUAAAGGACUGUGGCCCGCUGGACUCUGAGGCCAUGGUGAUGGGGGUGCUGGAUCAGUCCUUUGACGUGCUGGUUCUCCGAUACGGAGUACAGAAACGCAUCUACUGCAAGUCUGUUGCCGGCCUGGACUCAUUCCACCAUCGCAAGGUGGGGAAGAAGUCCGAGCUGACUCUGGUCUGGACACCAGAGGACCCAGAGAAAGCUCCAGAAGAGCAGGUUAUUUCAAUCUUCACGUUAGUGGAGGUGCAGCUGAAAGCGGACGGUGCACCCAUGAAAUACAGCGCGGUGCUCAGGAGGCCUGAGGAGAACGAAUCAUAAACACUUAAAACUGAAUUGCACAUAUGCUUUUGUUGUUUGGUGGUAGUAGUAGUUUAGAAGCAGUAUUUCUGUGGUAAGCAGGAAAAUCACUGAUCAGGUCAGAGUCAGAUGUCAAUGGAAAUUCCCACUAAAAGUUUCAGUCUUAACCAAAAGCCCACUUACUGCAAUUAACCCACAUGCAUGUACAUGACGGCUGCCCUUUUCCAAGGUACAUUAUGUGUUGGGAAAGGAACUUUGCUUCCAGCUUUUCUUUGGUUUCUUUUAAUUUAUGUAAUACAUGGAAGGGAAGUCUACAUCUAUAAACAUGCAACAAGGACCCAUUCCAGGUAGAAGGCACAAAAGGCAAGUUUACGGUUUUAGGAUCAUUUUUUAGGGCUUUAAUUACCUUUUUAUUAUAGAGCAGCUGGAGAAAGCCCGGGUCGGAUUUGAACCCGGGCCGCGGCCAAGGACUACACAGAGUCCACGCUUUAAAGAGUGAGUUAGUGGUCGCCCUCAGAAAUAGUGGGGAGAGAGAGCAAGAGAGGGAGGCAAUAUUAGUCGAAGGAAGGAAGAAAGAGAGAUGCAGUGAAAAAUAAUUAAGCAACAAAUAGAUCUUUGUGGGCAUCUCUGGUUGGGCCAAAGGACAGAGGAUAGUCAAGCGCAAGGGCGGAUUCAGGGUUGGAGAUUUUGGGAUAGCUGGGUCAAUUUCUUUUACCAUUCCCCUCCAAAUUUGCUAAUACCAGUCUAGCUCCAAAAUGGAAAGGGUUCUUCCUUGACUCAUGCUAAACGGGCCAGUAGUUUUUCCCUAUAAGUGCUGACAAACAAACAGACAAACUAAACCAAAAACAUAACCUCUCUGGAAGAGGUAAUAAUGGCCAUCUUGAAAGUAUUAAAAAAAAAUAACAAUUUGAAAAAAAAACCAACCCAUAAAUACAUACAUUGUAUGCUUUGGAAAAUGGUUGACCGUGUGAGGUUUGACAUAUGAUUCAUAGUGAGUGGUUCAAAACCUGAAACAUUUUGUAUUUUAAGCCUUAAUUAUCUCACUAAUGGGCCCAUUAUUGUAUGUAAUUCAGUGGAUGGAUUUCAAAUUGAACGGUGAACCAGGUCUGACCGUGAAAGAACCAAGGCAGCAAUUAGUUUUAUUUUGCUGUUGAUUAAUUGACCUUUACGAGGACCGUUUUCAUAACUGUUGUACACAGUCUAAUGUUUAGAAGCUGAUUUUCAGUUUAAUAUCGAUGCCUGAUUCAAGAUUGAGAAGAGAGACUUAUUUUUGAGUUUUUAAAGCAAUAGAAUUCAAUACACUACUGAAUUUUACUUAUUUGGUUGUCUUUGACUGGCUAUGGUUGCUGUAAUUUAACUUGGUGUGGCUAGAGUGAAGCUACUUGGACCAAACUGUAAAAAUGUAGCAGUAUUGGCAAAGUAAAACCUUUGACUACAGCAGAUUGAAUGAACAAGUAUAUUCACGUCUGCAUAGAAACAAAAGCUAAACAAAAGAAAAUCAGCAACCACAUGCCAUCCUGGACUUUUUACAUUACCGAAUGUAUUUAUAGUGUUUUAUAAAGGAAGAUUUUCCAGAUUUUUCUGGGGUGUGAAUGAAAGGGCUGAAGGGCCCCCUCAGGUCCUUCAUGUCACAGUCAUGAAGUACAGCUCAUAGAACUUUUAAUUUGAUUUAAAUUCUUAAAAGCAGGGUCUCAGGAUAUAACAUAUUGUUGUAGUCUAAACUGAGGCACAUUUUCUGUAUUUUGUGUGCAAGACAGGCCAAAGUGUAAUUAUUUCUCAACUCAUUGUUUUUAAUACAAAACAUUGGAAUGACUAGAAUGAGAAUUGCUGCUGAAGUUAUUGGUGGCCUUGAGUUCUUAAUGGAUUUUAUGUUGGCUAUUGUGCUUUAAGUGCUUCCAACUGUUGUAGGGUCUUUUUGUGCUAAGACUUGAUUUGUGUCACAUUUAAAAGGACCUCUUAAAUUAUCGACUGAACAUCAGCCUUAAUUUAAUCAAGCAAAGAUUAAAUAAAAUGUUAGUGAAGCUGCACAUUUUAAGUGUUUGUGGGCCUCCCUUUUGCUUCAAUUGAGUCAAUGUGCCUCUCUUUAGUUCUCAGUGCCAUGAAGUGUCAUACAAAUGAGCUGCUACGUCUGCACAAUGUUUUGUUUUAUUUAUAAAUCUCUUUUGUUUGACGGAUUGCUUUUAGGCUUGUCAGAUUUUUGGAAGACCAUUAGCUAAUGUUUUUAAGUUAUUUUGUUUUACAUGUACUGACAGUUUGAAACAUGGGCUUUAAAUGUAUUUUAAACCAGCAAGUUUCUGUAAGUAUUAGUGCAAAACAACUGGACUCACUUAGUAGGAUGUGUUUCUGUGAUUAGGAUUUAAAAGAAGAAGAAUUUCUCACGUCACAUUUGACAACCUCAGAAUGCAGCAAAGUUAUAUUGUGACAUGUAACUUUGAUUCUGGUCAGUAUUCUUUUGUACUCUGCUUAAGAACCAUAAAGAGUAAUAGAUGUUUAUCCUUGGCUCUAGGGAAAUAAAUACAUACAUGUA